AUGCCGAAGCCUUCGGACAACUUGAAAACUUUGCGCCGCUACAGCACUUGCAUCUUCGAGGAUCUCGUCACUCCGGAACGGCAACGUGCUAUCGACCGAUGCAUCGAGCAGAACGAACGCGUCAUGCACUUCCUGCAGGAGACCGCAGAGUCGAACCCUCAUCCCAACCGGCCAAUGGUGGUCGAUUUCAACCUCGCGCUGGCUGCAUUGAAGGAAUCAUGGGCGCUCCUCGACGAUGCUGCCAGAGCAGAUGUGCAGGGUCAGCGGUGGAAGACCGCCAGGCUGCUUGUCGCCGCUGCAGAGUUCAGCGACCGUGCGCGCAGUUACCAAAAGCUUAUACAGACGGAGGACCCUCAGCGCUCGGGGGAGAGCAUUCAGAGCAGCAGCUCAAGCUCAUGA